AUGGAAAGAAAGGAGGAAAAAGCGGAGGGGGGAGACGAAGAGGCGAAGAAAAGGGGUAGGAAAACGAAUGCGGAAAGGUUGAUGAGGGAAAGGGGAGCCUCAUUAGGGAGCUAUGGGGACCUGAGCGAAAUAUGGAAAAGAAAAAGACAGAUAGCGGAGGAGGAAGAGCAGGAGGAGCAGGAGGAAGAAUGGAUGUUCAGGAAAAGCAAAAGGGUGGUGAGAUCGCCGGAAAGUAAGGUCGGGGGGGAAGGGAACAUGGAGGAACUGUUGAGAGAGUGGAGGGAAUGGCGGAAAGAAGCGAAAAAAGACAUGGGAGAACUAAAGGAGAGGAUGGAGGCAGUGGGAGAGGAGGUGGGAAAGAUAAGGGAGGAUAUGAGAAGAGGAGAGGAAAGAUGGAGAGAGGAGAAAGAGAGGAUGGAGAAAAGGCUAGGAGAGGCGGAAAGGAAGAUGAGAGAGUUAGAGGGGGCGAAGAAGAGGAUGGAGGAGAUAGAAAAGAGGGUAGUGAACUUGGAAAGGGAGAGAGGAAGGGAGGAAGGGGGGACGAAGGGAGGACGGUGCGAGGUGGAACGGGAAGAGGGGGUGGUGAAGAGGCUGAAGGAGAUAGAGAAGAAGUUAGAGAGAAAGGAGAAGGAGGUGAAGAGAAACAAUAUUAUAAUAAAGGAGGCGGAAGCGGAGGGAACAGCGGUGCAGGUUGUAGAAAGAAUAAUGGCAAGGAUCGGAGUGAAGGGGGGGAUAGAGGGAGCAAGGGAACUGAGAAGAGUAGGAGAGGGGGGAAGGGGGAGGAUGAUAGAAGUGAGGCUAGAAAGCGUAGAGAAGAAAAGCGAAGUGAUGAGGAACAAGUGGAAGUUGAGGGGGAGGAGGGAGAGGGUAGAGGAGGAUUUAACAUGGGAUGAGAGAAGGAUUCAGUGGAAGCUGAGAAGGAUAGGAGACGAGGAGAGGAGGAAGGGGAGACAGAUAGCGGAGGAGGAAGAGCAGGAGGAGCAGGAGGAAGAAUGGAUGUUCAGGAAAAGCAAAAGGGUGGUGAGAUCGCCGGAAAGUAAGGUCGGGGGGGAAGGGAACAUGGAGGAACUGUUGAGAGAGUGGAGGGAAUGGCGGAAAGAAGCGAAAAAAGACAUGGGAGAACUAAAGGAGAGGAUGGAGGCAGUGGGAGAGGAGGUGGGAAAGAUAAGGGAGGAUAUGAGAAGAGGAGAGGAAAGAUGGAGAGAGGAGAAAGAGAGGAUGGAGAAAAGGCUAGGAGAGGCGGAAAGGAAGAUGAGAGAGUUAGAGGGGGCGAAGAAGAGGAUGGAGGAGAUAGAAAAGAGGGUAGUGAACUUGGAAAGGGAGAGAGGAAGGGAGGAAGGGGGGACGAAGGGAGGACGGUGCGAGGUGGAACGGGAAGAGGGGGUGGUGAAGAGGCUGAAAGAGAUAGAGAAGAAGUUAGAGAGAAAGGAGAAGGAGGUGAAGAGAAACAAUAUUAUAAUAAAGGAGGCGGAAGCGGAGGGAACAGCGGUGCAGGUUGUAGAAAGAAUAAUGGCAAGGAUCGGAGUGAAGGGGGGGAUAGAGGGAGCAAGGGAACUGAGAAGAGUAGGAGAGGGGGGAAGGGGGAGGAUGAUAGAAGUGAGGCUAGAAAGCGUAGAGAAGAAAAGCGAAGUGAUGAGGAACAAGUGGAAGUUGAGGGGGAGGAGGGAGAGGGUAGAGGAGGAUUUAACAUGGGAUGAGAGAAGGAUUCAGUGGAAGCUGAGAAGGAUAGGAGACGAGGAGAGGAGGAAGGGGAGACAG